GGAAAAGGCGGGACCUAAGGAGCGCGUUACGACCGGACGCGUAGGUGAUAGGGCUGGAUCUGCGAACCUGAAAUCGGGAGCUUCCUACUCGUGUUCGCUGUUUAGGAGCUCCCCACGGGGUUGUAGAGUUUGGACCUCAUGGCAGAGAUAAUUCAGGAGCGCAUAGAAGAUCGGCUCCCGGAAUUGGAACAGCUGGAGCGCAUUGGACUGUUCAGUCAUGCGGAGAUUAAGGCUAUCAUUAAGAAGGCUUCUGAUCUAGAGUACAAAAUCCAGAGAAGAACCCUUUUCAAGGAAGACUUUAUCAAUUAUGUUCAAUAUGAAAUUAAUCUUUUGGAGCUGAUCCAGAGAAGAAGAACACGCAUUGGAUAUUCAUUUAAGAAGGAUGAGAUUGAGAAUUCUAUUGUACACCGGGUACAAGGUGUUUUCCAGCGUGCCUCAGCAAAAUGGAAAGAUGAUGUUCAACUUUGGCUCUCCUAUGUGGUUUUUUGUAAGAAGUGGGCUACUAAAACUCAACUUAGCAAGGUAUUCUCUGCCAUGUUGGCGAUUCAUUCCAACAAGCCAGCUUUGUGGAUUAUGGCAGCCAAAUGGGAAAUGGAAGAUCGAUUGUCUUCAGAAAGCGCAAGGCAACUCUUUCUUCGGGCACUGCGCUUUCAUCCAGAGUGUGCAAAACUUUAUAAAGAAUACUUUAGGAUGGAGCUGAUGCAUGCAGAAAAACUGAGGAAAGAGAAGGAAGAAUUUGAAAAAGCCAGUAUGGAUGUGGAGCAUCCUGAUUAUUCUGAAGAAAUCCUUAAGGGCGAGUUGGCACGGAUCGUCUACAAAAAUUCUGUAAGCAUAAUUAAAGGUGCAGAAUUUCAUGUGUCACUGCUUUCAGUUGCACAGCUAUUUGACUUUGCCAAAGAUCUACAAAAAGAGAUUUAUGAUGACCUUCAGACUCUACACACAGAUGAUCCUCUCACUUGGGAUUAUGUGGCAAGGCGAGAAUUAGAGAUCGAGUCACAGACAGGAGAAGAGCAGCCCACAACGAAACAAGCCAAAGCAGUGGAGGUCGGCCGGAAGGAGGAGAGAUGCUGUGCUGUAUAUGAAGAGGCAGUGAAGACUCUGCCAACAGAGGCCAUGUGGAAGUGUUACAUCACCUUUUGCUUGGAAAGAUUUACUAAGAAGUCAAAUAGUGGGUUCCUUAGAGGGAAGAGGUUGGAAAGAACCAUGACUUCAUUCAGGAAGGCACAUGAACUGAAGCUUCUGUCAGAAUGUCAAUACAAGCAGUUGAUUGUUUCAUUGCUGUGUCAUAAAUUCCUGAGGGAAGCUCUGGAAGUGGCAGUAGCUGGAACUGAAUUGUUUAGAGACUCUGGGACAAUGUGGCAGCUGAAGCUGCGGGUGCUGAUUGAGUCAAAGAGUCCUGACAUAGCCAUGCUUUUUGAAGAAGCCUUUGUGCAUCUGAAACCCCAGGUUUGUCUGCCAUUGUGGAUUUCCUGGGCAGAGUGGAGUGAAGGUGCCAAAAGCCAAGAAGACACUGAGGCAGUCUUUAAGAAAGCUCUCUUAGCUGUCAUAGGUGCCGACUCAGUAACCCUGAAGAAUAAGUACCUGGAUUGGGCUUAUCGAAGUGGUGGCUACAGAAAGGCCAGAGCUGUGUUUAAAAGUUUACAGGAGAGCCGUCCAUUUUCAGUUGACUUUUUCAGGAAAAUGAUUCAGUUUGAAAAGGAGCAAGAAUCCUGCAAUAUCGCGAACAUAAGAGAAUAUUAUGAGAGGGCUUUGAGAGAAUUUGGAUCCACAGAUUCUGAUAUUUGGAUGGAUUAUAUGAAAGAAGAAUUGACCCACCCCCUUGGUAGACCUGAGAACUGUGGACGGAUCUACUGGCGAGCGAUGAAAAUGUUGCAGGGAGAGUCAGCAGAGGCAUUUGUAGCUAAACAUGCUAUGCAUCAGACUGGCCAUUUGUGAAGAGGAAGAAUACAGCCUGCUUUGUGAAACAGUAUUGCAAGCAAGCACUGUGGGCAAAUUUGUAUUAUGAGUCCAUCUGUAAUUUGCUCAGUGAUGGCAGACAAGAUGGCUGUCUGGUUUUGAGACACACUUUAUUUUAUGUUAACUUGUUAAUCUUUUUUAAAAAUUAAAAAUUUUUUAUGAUUGAGA